UCCAUCGCAGUUCACCGUUGCCACACACACACACAUACACACACUAGCCUCCUCGUUCUCGCCGGUGUAGGCGAAGGUACCAGUGAAGGCGGAAUGGGCGGAUGCCGCGCUGUACGGGUACGGCGCGGGUGAGGCUCCGGUGACCUUUUUGGAGGGAGAAGGCGCCGGUUCUAGGGGUCGUCCUACCCUCCAGUCACCCCCACCGUCGACGGGAAAGGGCGAGGCGCCGGUGGUGGAGUUGAUUUGGGCGAUCGCCGUGUAGCGGCAUGACGAGGCGGCGAAAGACGGGGAGGGGGGUGAAGUGGCUGAGCCACUACUCCUCGGAGCAAAGCAUCCUGGUCGUUGGAGACGGUGACUUCUCCUUCUCACUGGCGCUCGCGACCGCAUUCGGCUCCGGCGUGAACAUCGUGGCGACAUCCCUAGACUCUUACGAGGCUCUGAUUGGCAAGUAUAGCAAAGCAGAGUUGAAUGUGAUGGAGCUGAAGACAAUGGGUGCAAAAGUUUUGCAUCAUAUUAAUGCAAAAAGCAUGAUGCGUCACUCUUUUCUGGAGACGAGGAGAUUCCAUCGGAUUGUCUUUAAUUUUCCUCAUUCUGGGUUCAAAGGAAGCGAGUACGAGAUGCAUGUGGUCAUCUCUCAUAGGGAACUGGUGAAGGGUUUUUUCACCAAUGCGAGAUACCUACUUCAGCCUUAUGGUGAGAUCCACAUCAGCAACAAGAUAGGAUAUCCCUAUGACUCGUGGAACAUCGAGCAACUCGCCUUGGAGUCUUCCCUUACUAUGAUUGGCAGAGUUAGUUUCCAAAAACAAGACUACCCUGGCUAUAACCAGAAGAGAGGAGAUGGCGCAAGGUCCGACCAACCUUUCCCCCUCGGUUAUUGCUGCACUUUCAAGUUCCAGGAUCAUAAAGAAGUUCAAGAAAGAAGUGUAGUAUAUCGCUGCUACAUUUGCCAUAUCUCAUCGUACUAUCACUAUGACUGUGUGGGCUGUGGUGCCACCUUGGGACUUGGGAACGGGGGACCUUUGCACCUUGCAUAUAGGUGAAAUUUAGUGAACCAAUAGUUUGUGGAACCAAAGGUAUUUUGGUGAACUUGAUGCCCUAGCAUGAGUUAAAAUAAUGUUGCGGAGCACCUUUGGGACUUGCAUGGACAUGGCGUGCAUCAUGCUGGCGAGGAGUACUGUAUGAAACAACAAUGUGGUAAUGGAAAA